AAGCUUCUUCUUCUUUUUUGAGAAAAUUCGUGGGAUGAAGAAAGGCGAUGGAUCUGCUAAAUCAGUUGGAGACAAUUUUGGAAUCUGAUCCUCUCAUGGAUUCAUUUGUUGGGGCUUUGGCAGCGUGUCUGUUCAUUUGAGAACAAAAGAGAUGAAGUGGGGCUUAUUCACCCAUCUCAGUUUAUCACUCUCAGCAAAGAGUGCAGUGAAUCCAGUAAUUCAUCCGCGGAUGGUGCUUUCAGACCAGCAAAUACGAAAUUUUGGAAUAGAGAUCAUAAGUUGGGAAUUUCCACUGAGAUUCUUCUUCCCGUGUGUAAAGCUGCAAAAAGUGCAUUUAUGGAUGCGAUGGAACAAUAUAAGACACAUAGUGACUUAUCGGUUAAUAAGCACGAGGAUAAGAACAUGGUUUAUCCUUCAUCAUCUUGCCAAUCUUUCGAAAGUGAAGUCAUGAAGCACAGUAGAGCGCUUUUAUUGUUAAGUUGUGAUCUUGGCACAGCUUGGAAUGCCAGGAAGCUAGUUGUGUCGAAGAAGCAGCAGCUGCCAAUGUUUACGGAUGAACUUCACUUGUCUGCGCUUGUUCUUUCCUAUUCACAUAAAAGUGAACAAGCUUGGAGUCACAGGCGGUGGGUGAUCAAGAUGAUUGCUGGGAAAUAUUCGAAUCUGCAACAGAUCAUAGCAAAAGAAUCCGAGCUCGUUGAAAAAAUAGCCGAGAGAUCAAAAAUGAACUAUCGAGCUUGGAAUCAUCGCUGCUGGUUAGUUUCCUAUAUGACAAGAGAACAGAUGCUUUACGAGUUAAAGAAAUCCAGAGAUUGGGCUGGGCUGCAUGUUGCCGAUAAUUCAUGUUUUCACUAUCGCAGACGGCUAAUGCUCGGGAUUUCAGAGAAUAAACAAGGUGACGACCCUUCUUAUGAUGUAGAAAACUAUCAAGUCGUGAAGGAGGAACUUGAUUUGAAUGAAGCGUUAAUAAAACGUUAUAUAGGAAGAGAGGCUCUCUGGCUUCAUCGUCGUUUCCUGUCCCUUUGUUUGAUACGGCAUUGGAUGACAACUACAGAUGGUAUUUCGUGCCAUUCCACCAGCAUGGCUAACGAAAUCAAUAUCUUUUUGGAUAAAGAAUUAUGUCUCCUAGAUCCCUGCUCGACCAUUCAAGAUAUGGAAUUCGAGGAUUUCGAAGCACAAGCAAUUUAUUCAACAAUGUACUUUCUAUGGUUGAUAAAGCAAAUUCCUGAAUUUAGGAAGAUUGAACUUCAAGAAAAGCUAAAAGCAGGAAACCUGAAGAACAUACUACAUAAGACAUGUCCAGAAAGAUCUUUCCUUUGGGAUGUUUUGGAAUUAUAGGGAAAGCUUGAGCAUGGAGGAGAGGUUAAAUGUUACCUAUUUUGUAAGAUGUUCAUCAAUGUUAUCCGGAUUCCAGAUGAUUAACAUUUAUGUAUGCAACUAAUUGUAUCCAUACCAUCUAUGCUUAAUCAUUUAUAAAUACUCAAUCCAAUCAAAUUAUACGUUGAACUUCAUUCAA